ACCGUCGCCCGCACGCGUCUUCUACCUAUCUUUAAUAAUCGCCGCAUGCGCGACGCCUAAGCCGUGCAUUCGACCCGCGACACUUCGUCCACCAUGUUCUCAGGGUCCAACUCGUACUUAGGGGGCGGAAACAGCGCCCGGCCCGGUCAGCAGCAGUAUGGCCAGCAGCAACAGCAGCAGCAGUUCCAGCAGCCCGGCGGCUUCCAGGGCGGAUUGGGCCCUCAGCCGACGGGCUUUGGAGGAGGUCCAAUGCAGCCGCAGUACACAGGCUUCCCGGGCCAGCCGCAGGGCUUUGGGCAGCAGCUGCAGCCGCAGUUCACCGGCUAUCCAGGGCAGCAAUCGCAAUUCCAGCAGCCGGCGCCCCAGCAACAACCCUUUCAGACAGGCGCGCCGCCCCAGCAGCAGCCUCCCGCCCAGCCGCAGAGGCCACAGCCCACGGGCAUGACCUCGGCGCAGAUGGCCGACUCGUUCAGAGGCUCGUCGCAAUCGGUGCCCCCGCCCGUCCCCGCAAAGACGGGCAAGAUCCCCAACAUACGGCUGUCGUUCAUCACGGUGCAAGACCAGGCCAAGUUCGAGCAGCUCUUCAAGUCUGCCGUGGGCACUUCCCAGGCGCUGUCGGGCGACCAGGCGCGUGACCUCCUGAUGCGCUCCAAGCUGUCGGGAGAUGCCCUGUCUCAUAUCUGGACUCUGGCCGACACGACCAAAUCUGGCCAGCUUUUGUUCCCCGAGUUCGCCCUCGCCAUGUACCUGUGCAACCUCAAGCUGACGGGCAAGGACCUGCCGAAUACGUUGCCUGACCGCGUCAAGAACGAGGUCUCGGGCAUGGUGGAUAUCAUCUCGUUUGCUGUCGCAGAGGAGCAGUCGAACCGCCCUAGUGCAUCGGGUAACGCGCCCAAGUUCGACAGCUCGCAGAAUGUCCCUACAAUCCAGCAGCCCCAACCGCAGGCGUCGAACAGCCAGCUGCUGUCUUCUCUAGCUCCUCAGCCUACUGGAUAUGGUCAAAUGCCUAUGAUGCAGCCGCAGCCCACCGGGUUCGGGCAGGCUCCUGGAGGCUACAAUGGUCCGAGACCGCCCAUGCCUCCGAUGCCUACUGGUUUUGGGUCGAAUCUGACCCCCAAUCAGACGGGCAUGGCCCCUCUCAACGCGCAGCCAACAGGCCUUCCUGGUCAGUGGGGUUUGGUCAACACGCCUGCCACGGGGCUGCCCAACAUCGAGUCUCUUGCUGCGCGCAUGAUGCCUCAGACGGGGAGGGAGAGCAGCAACCACACUACCGUUGGCCUGACUGGAAAUGCGACCAUCCCAUGGGCUAUCACAAAGGGCGAGAAGAAGCUGUACGACGACACGUUCAGGGCUUGGGACGGCAUGGGGAAGGGAUAUAUCAGUGGAGAGCAAGCUAUUGAGAUCCUCGGACAAAGUGGGCUUCCGAAGCCUGAUCUUGAACGAGUAUGGACACUCGCGGACUCUGCUGAUCGCGGCCGGCUUAAUCUCGAUGAAUUCGCAGUAGCUAUGCAUCUCAUCUAUCGUAAGCUGAACGGAUACCCCGUCCCUAACCGUCUUCCUCCAGAGUUGAUCCCUCCGUCUACACGUAACAUCAACGACUCCAUUGGUGCAAUGAAGUCUCUGCUUCGUGGUGACGCUGAGGACAGAAAGAACUCUGGCGCAUUCCUUCAACCUCAGCGUACUGGUGUUAGCUACCUCAAGACCCACUCUUUCCGAGCUGGAAGUCCUGCAGCUGGUGGUCGCAAGGACGCCACUGUUUUCCGGAACAACGACGACAACAUCGGAUAUCGUUCGAGCGCUAGGCAUCGCCUUGGGGCUGACGGUCGAUCACCAUCUCCAAGUCCUGCCCCAGAACGAUCAGAUGAGAUGUCUCUCGAACAAUUAAAGAAAUCGGUCAAGGAGAAGCAGAUUCUCUUGGACGCAAUGGACAUUCGGGACGAGAAUGGCGCAGACGAGGACGAUGCUCUUGAUCGCCGAGACCGCCGAGAGGCUGAGGAUCUCUAUCGUCGCAUCCGCAGGAUACAAGAAGAUAUCGAUGCUCAUCCAAAGGCGUCUCUAAGAUCAACCGAUUCGGAUGCAGAGCGUCGCGCUCUCAAGCGCCAACUCCAGAAUCUGACAGAUCGCUUGCCGGAGCUUGCAUCCAACGUGCGCCGAACUGAGCGCGAAAUCGCCGAAGCGCAACUAGAACUCUUCAGACUCAAGGAUGCGAAAGCACACCCUGGAUCCGCAUCGUCAGUCGUUGGUACUGGCCCUGGUGGCGCCGUGACCGAAUCAGAUCGCUUGAAGGCUCGCGCGAAAGCUAUGAUGCAAGCACGUUCUGCCGCCUUGACUGGAAGGCCAGCUCCUGCUAGCGACGAUACUGGUGCUGCAACGGAGCGUCUAGAAAAAGAAAACUCGCGUAUCAGGGCUGAGAAGGAGAACAACGAGCGCAUGAUCCGUGAUGUGGAGGACAGCGUCAAUGAGUUCACCAAGGGACUGGAAGCAAGUCUGAAGGAAGGAGGGCAUGACAACAGCAGUGAGCACGAACGACGUAGGUGGGAGGAAGCUCUGGGGGUAGAAGAUGAGGUCAAGGACUUCAUCUUCGAUCUCCAGCGAAGCAGCCGAGCGUCUCGCGUUCGCAAGGAAGACUCGUCACGCGACAACCAUAGGCCGUCAGCUCGUUCAGAAGAACCCCGUUCCGUGUCGUCUUCUCGAUACGAUAGCCCUGCUCGUAGCGCUACAACCACGCCACGUCCUGCUACCUCAGCCACUAGGACCCCUGAAGAGCGUGCUGCUUUCAUUAAGCAACAAGCUGAGCAGCGCAUGGCUGAACGCCUGGCUGCCUUGGGUAUCCGAGCACCAACAAAAGCCGGCGAAACACCUCAACAGCGUGCAGACCGAGAGAAGAAGGAGCGCGAGGAGAAGCUUCGUCAAGCCGAGGAAGAAGAUGCUCGCCGCGAAGAAGAACGUGAAAGAAGGCUCAACGAUGAAUCAAUUGCACCACCUGUCUCGUCGAAGGGCAGUGGUAAGAAGCCAGCACCGCCUCCACCGGCCUCACGUAAGAACAAGGCAGACUUUGCACAACACGAUGUCCAGCAGGCCGAAGCGGAAGCAAAGAGAGCAGAGAAUGAAAUAGCUGAGAGAGCGAUCCGCGAGCAACAGGGGGCUCAAGAAGCAGAGACGAGGCGCAUGGAGGAAGAGGAACAUAGACAAGAAGAUGAGUUGGCCAAGGAACGUGAGGCUGCACAGACCAGGCUUCGUGCCUUGGAAGAGCAAGUGCAGCAAGGCAAACUCAAGAAAGCAGAGGAGAAGAAGCGUAGGGAAGGUGUCCAAAAAGAGGCAAAGCAGAAGGAGUCGAGAUUGGCCGCUCAACGUGCCGAGAUCGAGGCCGCUCGUGAACGCGAACGACAGCUGCAACUGCAACUGGAGGCUCUUGAUGAUGAGGAUUCAUCAGAUGACGAUGAUGGUCCCCAGAACAUCACUCCGCAAGACACUACACCCACCGCUAGUCAAGAACUGCCACGAGACACGGCACCGCCGCAAGCACCACCAAUGCCCCAAGCUACUCAGAACAACACACCCCCGUCUUCCGUCGCCAGCCCGCCUGCGUCGUCCUUGACCAGCCCCCAUCCUGGACACGGCGAUACCGAAACCAAGAACCCGUUCCUGAAGAAGAUGGCCAUGUCCAGCCAAGAAAACAGCGCCAUCUCUACACCACCACUCCCGUCAAGCACCAGCGAAGUCUCCACCAACCCAUUCCACCGUCUCACCCAAGAGAACGCCAACAAGGCCACGAUUCCUACAUUCAACGAGCCCGUCGCCGCCCCCGCUCGCACACGAGGCAGACAAGACGACGACGACUGGUCAGUCGUCGACUCGGACGACUCAUCCUCAGACGAAGAAGACGCUCCUUCAGGCGGCGCCAAACACCUCGCCUCCAUCCUCUUCGGCACCAUGGCACCACCGCGCCCACUCUCCUCACUCGACAACAAGGACUCCCGCUCUGGAAGCCCAGCCGUAACCUCACCUCCCUCAGGCGCCCCACCACCUCCACCAAUGCCUACAGGCUCUGUACCCCCGCCGCCUCCCGGCCCGCCUCCACCCCCCGGUGCGGGAGCCCCUCCCCCGCCACCAAUGCCCUCGAUGAGAGCGCCCGGUGGAGUGCCCAGUCGCGGCGCGCUUCUUGGCGAGAUCACGGCUGGCAAGGGCUUGCGCAAGGUGGAGACUAAGGAUAGGAGUACGUCGUCGACUGCUGGUCGGGUUUUGUAGGAUUUGAGGAUGGGCAUGGAAUGGGGUGUAAUUGUAGUUCGCGUUUUUUGUUGGGUCUGCUGAUAAUGGGAAAUGCAAAUUCAAAUCGUAUAUAUUUUGUUCUUGUCGCUUGUUGACUUGUUGACUUGUGGUUUUGGGUUGGAGUGAGUGAUGUGUGUGCUGGGGAAUGAAGUGAGAUGUUUCCUUGUUGUUACGCUGCUUGGACACUUCCUGUUCUGUCUCUGUAGAUGUCCUGGUAUGCUUCUAGUUGUAAAGGUGGCUUUGAUGUCCAUGUCGCUUUUCUGAAGGAGAUGGAUGGACACAUUGCAAGAUGAGUAGGAGUCAACAGGCACCAAGAACGCAAAAUGGAGUAAAGAGUUGGUUG